UGGAAACACACUUCCCCGGGUGGUGCAGCGGGGACUAAACGUGUCGCGUGAUGGCAGAGACGCGGAGGUCAGAUGAGCGGUGGGCUGUCAUCGAUAGUGUCCCACCGACGCUUUGACAGCCGUCUGUUGAUACCCUAGCGCCGAGAUCGACUAUUAUUGUAAUCAUGCCUGGGAAACUGAAAGCCAGGAUCGUGGCAGGGCGUCACUUGCCUGUGAUGGACCGAGCCAGUGAUCUUACUGAUGCUUUUGUAGAGGUUAAGUUUGGAAACACAACGUUCAAAACAGAUGUAUGUCCAAAAUCCCUCAACCCACAGUGGAACUCGGAAUGGUUCAAAUUUGAGGUCGAUGAUGAGGACUUGCAGGAUGAGCCAUUGCAGAUCACAGUGUUGGACCAUGACACAUACAGUGCUAAUGAUGCCAUAGGGAAAGUUUACAUUGACAUUGACCCGCUCCUGUGCAAUGAGGCCGCCUCUGUCAUCUCUGGCUGGUUUCCCAUCUAUGACACCAUCCAUGGAAUUCGAGGGGAGAUCAACGUCCUCGUCAAAGUGGAGCUCUUCAAUGAUCUGAACCGCUUCAGACAGUCCUCCUGCGGGGUUAAGUUCUUCUGCACCACAGCUAUUCCACGAUGCUACAGAGUGGCAAUGGUGCACGGCUUUGUGGAGGAACUUGUAGUGAAUGAAGAUCCAGAAUACCAGUGGAUCGACCGCAUUAGAACUCCUCGCGCCUCCAAUGAGGCUCGUCAGAGGCUCAUCUCUCUUAUGUCUGGCGAGCUGCAGAGGAAGAUAGGGCUCAAGGUACUGGAGAUGGGCGGGAAUGCAGUAGUGGGCUAUUUGCAGUGUUUCGAUCUGGAGGGAGAGUCCGGCCUGGUGGUCCGGGCCAUAGGCACUGGCUGCACACUGGACAAAGUCAGCUUUGGAAGUGCCCCGAACACCAACACACACGUGCACCCAAGCACAGCCCCUGCUUCCAAUGCCUGCAAUUCCCCUUCUAAGGACGGAAAGGAGCCGGUAUUUGCUGAGGAUCUGCCCUCGUUCUCCGGCCCGCCUACCCCUUUCAGAGCCCUCCCCACCUCCUCCUCCUCUCCUCCCCCCUUCUCUCCAUCCAAGCCAUGCAGCCGCCAGUCCUCAUCAUCAGACACAGACCUCAGUUUGACGCCCAAGACGGUGGAGAUCCAGACUGUGAGAUGCAAACCUGGGUUCUUCCUCUGCCCCAGCUCCCCAACCCUCUCCACAGCAAGUCUGUCCCUUCCUGGUUCUGUCUCAGUGGGCUGCAGUCUUGGCUCUGCCCCAAGAGCCAACACCUCGCCCCUUAUGUCCUCCAUCCAAUCAGGCACUACUUUGCUGAGAAAGAGCGUGUCCUUCACGGAGGACCUGCUGCUGGCAACCUCUGGUAUGGGCAGUGCCGGGAAGGAGGCGGGGCCUCUGAAGACCCUUCUUAGACAACAGACGCAGACAGCUCUUGAACAGAGGGGAACAUCCUCCUCUGGGUUAUUGUUAAACGCCCGGGAGUUCCCAUUCUUCACUUUGACAUCUUUCCCGCCCGGUUUUCUGGUCCAUGUCGGCGGAGUGGUCAGCGCUCGCUCUGUCAAACUACUCGACCGAAUACACAACCCCGAUGAGCCAGAGACUCGAGACGCCUGGUGGGAGGAGAUUCGCCAGGAGAUCAAAUCUCAUGCCAAAGCUCUUGGUUGCCAUGCUGUCGUGGGCUACAGCGAGCGCACUAGCAUUUGCGAGGAGGUGUGUAUCCUGUCAGCAUCAGGCACAGCAGCCAUCCUGAAUCCUAGAUACAUGCGUGAAGGCUGCCUUGACACCGGAAACACCGAACCCAGGUUUGAUGAACCUUCUCCUCCGAGCUGUGGUUUCUGUCACAUCCCUUACGAUGAGCUCAACAUGCCAUUUCCUGCCCAGCUCACAUACUGUUACGGCUGCAGACGGCAAAAGGUUCCUGAUGUGCUUUUCACCACAAUCGACAUGCCAUCUGAAGCAGCUGUCACAGGGAAGGGCUGCCUCAUCCAGGCCAGACUGUGUCGUUUGAAGAAGAAAGCCCAGGGUGAAGUGAAUGCGACGGCCAUCUCCAACCUGCUGCCUUUUAUGGAAUACGAGUUGCACACUCAGCUGAUGAACAAACUGAAGCUGCGGAGCAUGAACGCUCUUUUUGGCCUACACAUACAGAUCAGUGUCGGCGAGAACAUGCUCCUGGGUCUGGCCUCUGCUACAGGAGUGUACCUCACAGCUUUGCCGGCACCGGGGGGAGUUCAGAUUGCAGGGAAGACCCCUGGCGACAUGAGCAAUGAGCACCACAUCCUCACCAUCCAGAAAAGGAUCAACGACACUAUCGCCAAGAAUAAAGAGCUUUAUCAAAUUAACCCUCCGAAAUUAUUUGCCCUGGACCCUGAAGUGUUCGGCGGCAUAAACAUGGAACUGACGGAUGAAGUGGUGGGUUCUCCGAUCCCAGAGCCGAGGCAACGAUCUAGACUUUUUCGCUCGCACUCGGAGAGCUCAGAUGAACUGUCAGAACUGGACCUCUCCCAUGGCAAGAAGGAUGCCUUUGUCCUUGAGAUUGAUGACACUGAUGCUGUGGAGGACAUCCACUCCCUCCUCACUGAUGCCAGUCCCCCGUCAGGUUUCUACAGCUGCAACACUGAGAUCAUGCCUGGGAUUUUUAACUGGACUUCAGGAGUGCAGAUGUUUACAUCAGUCAGGGUCUUUAGGUUGAGUAAUGCCAAUCUCACUAACCAAGGCUUGAACAAGAUCUUCACUGACCUGUGUGAGAAUCUGCUAAAGAGUUUUUACUUCAAGUUGCGUUCCAUGAUCCCCUGCUGUCUCUGUCAUCUCAACUUCACUGUAGCAGUGCCAGAAGAAGAACUCAUACAGGUCGCAGUGACAGCAGUUGCCAUGACGUUCGACAAGGAACAGAUGUUGGAGAAGCCAGCAGACAAGACUAUUACCAAAGGAUGCAUCGAGGGUGAAGAGCAGCUCCAGUUUUCGAUGGAGUUGUGCGCAGACUCAUCAGGCAUCAGCACUCAGCAAUUAUCCAAAAUCUCAGGUACAGUCUCUUUACUCACCCCAGUUGCAAAACUGUGCCAAAAUCAGCUGGUUGUGGUUCGUUCAGGAGGUGUCCCGGAGAGCACCAACGUCUCACCCCGAGCUGCCUCCGUUGAUUACGGUUCCUUUGCAGACAGAUGCAGCACCUGGCUAGAGCUGAUUAGGCUGAAAGCUCACACCAUAAGACGAGGAUCAAUUAAGACAAUCUCAUCUUUGGAGCGCAGCAGCCCGUUGCCUGAGGGACGGUCCCGCUCGCUGCGCUCCAACCGCUCUUUCGGAGGCAGCUCGGUCACGGUGGUGAAGAUGACGCCACUCUCCUUCCUCCCCGGGACACGCAUCAUUAAAUAUCUUGGGAUCAUCAACAUGUUUUUUAUCAGAGAGACGACGUCGUUACGGGAGGAAGGUGGUGUUAGUGGCUUCCUGCACACUUUCAUAGCAGAGGUGUUUGCGAUGGUUCGAGCGCAUGUUGCAGCCCUGGGAGGUAACGCAGUCGUGUCCUACAGCAUGAAAGAGUGUAUGUUGAUGGAAAAUCCAAACAAGAACCAGGCACAGUGCCUCAUCAAUGUUAGUGGCGAUGCCGUCAUCUGUGUCAUUGAAACGGAUCAGGAGCCCAUACCCACAGCAGUAGGUACCAGACAGACCAGUAGUAGCGGAGCUGAUGGGACGACAUGACACUGAAAUGCUGCACCUCCCUGCGUCUGCAAUCUGAGUGAACACGACCGUCCAAAUGAGUCACUUAUGUCUGCCUUAAAUCUCUGUACAACAUCCAGGGUUUGGCCACCAGUAACAAUGAGCAAGUAUUGACACACUCAAAAAUAUUCAGCAUGUAUUAAAAAAGAAGUGUAGGAUAUUUCUCCUCAUGUUUUAUUUGUUUAAAGAGACCAUUUGUACAGGUGAUCAGAGAGUAUUUAAAAACCCUUCGGUUAAACAUCAGCCAAGGACCCCUCUGCAUCCAAUUUCCACCCAUGUAUUACAGCCGUCCAUAUGGCCCACAGCUACAGUAUAUCGGCCCAUUCCUUCUUUCUGUGUGUCGCACAAGUGACAUGAGAGGCAGCUAGGAGUAAUCUGUCCGUCCUCAGAUCACAGGGGUCGAGAAAUGGACUUGCCAAAAGGGACAAGGUUGUAAACCAUCCAAAUGAAUAGAACACAGUCAGCCUCUCCCACAGUGUGAGACUCUGUCUCGAGUGACGUGCACUUCAGAAACCCAUCUGUCCAUUAUUAAACUGACAGAUGAAGGCUAUGUCCGGCAAAACGAGUAUUUCAAUUUAAAACAAUAGAAAAUAAAUCUGUCUGGAAUAUACAUUUUGAAGCUAAUAUCCAAACAAUGAGGGUAAACCUGUGAUGCAGUUUAGAUGUUUAAUUACUUUUAUGUCCAAAUCUGAUUUUGUAUGGAUUUUUUAAGAUGGAUAUUCUCUGUGACAGUGUCUGUUGUCAGUCCAAAUUUCUUUAGAAAGUGUCAAAUAAUAAAGCCACAAUCUUAUUUCUAAGGUUGUUAUCAUGGCUUGGUUUAAAAAAAGUCAUGAUUACAGGCAUAAUGUGCACAUAUUUUUGUAAGGUGAAAAUCUUCCUUUUAAAACAGCCAUUAUAAUGAAUUUUACUCACUGUUUAACAAAUAAAAACAGUUUGUGUUGCUGAAAAGCUAAUGGCAUUAUGUAUAUGCACUUACAUGUGGGAGACCGUUAUAAAUGAAGCAGACAUGCAGCCUUAGACACAUUCUGUGGCCCUUUGGAGUCGAGCAAUGGCAUUUCAUAGAAUAAAGUCAUAAAGUCAUUUGGACUGAAUUACAUCUGUAACUGUUGCGUUUUCUCCCUCUGUGUCAAAUUUGACAUCCUUUACCAAGACCUGAUGCUUUGGCAUUCCAAAUUCCCAAAUAAUAGUCCCGCUACUGAUCUGUUCGCCUCCGACACUAAUGUCCAAUGCUGGAAAAGAAAGCGUCUCCUUGUGUAGGUGCCACCUGAAAAUAAACUGUGUACAUGCUCUCUAAAAUCAGAUUUUAGUAUUUUUGUAACAUAAGACUAAAGACACCAACUGCUCUCUUUGCUUGUGCAAUGAUGUUUUGAAUCACUGUGUCAGAGAAUUGGUGGUACUCUCAUCUGUUCGUGUGAUCAGCAGUUUGUGACCAGCUUCUCAUGUUUGUGUCGAAAACUUGAAUGUACAUAUUUUGGAUGCUUUUGUUUUCUGACUAGCAGCAAGCAGACCCACUUUGUAUUGCCAUGAAUCUGUAUGCUCGCCUGGUAUGUCUGACACAAUAAAGUCAGUCAAACCAAGAUGAGUCUGUAAUCGUUGAUAAAUCUCCCAAAAUAGGGAUUAAGUAAAAAUGAACAAUCUGGUUUUGAUAAUAAUAAUUAAUUGUUUUUUUAUUAUACAUGAUGAAAUUGAAAUUUCAAAAAAUAAUUGUAACAUAAAAAAU